AUGACCCGCCCUGCCGUAUUCACACCUAGGACCCGCUCUGCCGUGUUUACAGCUAGGACCCGCCCUCCCAUAUUCACAGCUAGGACCCGCCCUGCCGUGUUCACAGCUAGGACUCGCCCUGCCGUGUUCACAGCCAGGACCCGCCCUGCCGUGUUCACAGCUAGGACCCGCCCUGCCGUGUUCACAUCUAGGACCUGCCCUGCCGUGUUCACAGCUAGGACCCGCCCUGCCCACAAGACUACAUUAGGGACAGGUGGUUCAAAUUUUCCAUUUUAUUUAGUUUUAUUUUUCUCCUUAUUGACCUUCCUCCCCACCUUCCUCCUUCUUCUUUCUUUCUUUCUUUCUUUCUUUCUUUCUUUCUUUCUUUCUUUCUGCUAUAUUUACGCGGUCUUCAGUUUCCUCUGUAAACUUUCUAUUCUCAAUUUCCUUUUUGCGUUCUUACUUUUCCAAAUACUCCCACAUUUUUUUUUCAUUUGUUCUUCCUCCUUCUCAUUCAUUAAUCUUGGUAUAAUUAAUCUUUACUUACACUCUCAUGUUGAUAAGUCCUCUUUCUCCUCCAUUCUUUGUUCACGCAUUGUCUGUCAACGUCGUCUUUUGACAUCAACUUCCAUUUCUAGACUUUCGUUUGCCAUCAUUCAAUCUUUAUUUCUUGUUCUUCUUUUUUUGCAUUUGGCAUUCAUGUUUUUUCCUUUCUUUCAUAUUUUCUAUAUUCUACAAAUCUUUUCAUUUUCUUUUGUCCACCUUUCAAACCCAGAUUCUCUUUCACUUUCCCUCGUUCAUUUAUUUAUUCAUGUCUUCUUUCAUUUUAUAAUUCUUUAUUCUUAUUCUAAAUUUCUUUUUCUCAUUUUUACCUAUUCUCACGUAUUAUUUCCUAUCACCCAUUUCUUUCAACUAAUUCACAUAACUCAUUGCAAAAUAGAUUUCAAAAUAAGAAAAUCUCUCCACUCUUCCCUAUCUAUCUAUCUAUCUAUCUAUCUAUCUAUCUAUCUAUCUAUCUAUCUAUCUAGCCAGGUCUGUUCAUUUUCUAUCUAUCUAUCUAUCUAUCUAUCUAUCUAUCUAUCUAUCUAUCUAUCUAUCUAUCUAUCUAGCCAGGUCUGUUCAUUUUCUAUCUAUCUAUCUAUCUAUCUAUCUAUCUAUCUAUCUAUCUAUCUAGCCAGGUCUGUUCAUUUUCUAUCUAUCUAUCUAUCUAUCUAUCUAUCUAUCUAUCUAUCUAUCUAUCUAUCUAUCUAUCUAUCUAUCUAUCUAUCUAUCUAUCUAUCUAUCUAUCAAAUUCUUUUUAUCGAUAUAUUCUCUCUUUUUUCUUUCCUUCUCUCUUUUCCUCCUUUCUUUUUUCUCCCCUCUUUUUCUUCCCCUCUUUUUUCUUCACUUUUCUUUCUUUAUCCUCCAUUCUUUUUGUCCUCCUCCUCCUCUGUUUUUUAUCAUAUUCCUUCUUUUUUGUCUUCUUCCUCCUUUCUUUUUUGUCUUCUUCCAUUUUUUGUCCUUUCCUCUUUCUUCUUCUUCUUUCUCCUUUCUUUUUCUUCUUCUUUCUUCUUUCUUUUUCUUCUUCCUGCUUUCUUUCUUCCUUUUCCUUCCUGUUUGUUAUUCUUUUCACUUAAAGCUAUCUUGUUUUUUUUUUCGAUUCGUUUGUCAGAUUUACUUCCAAUUAUAUUUCGUUUUGUUUUUUCUUCUUUCAUUCGAUUUUUCUUUUCUUUCUUUCUUUCUUUCUUUCUUUCUUUCUUUCUUUCUUUCGAUCUAAAGCUUUCCCUCUCUCUCUUACAAUCUCUCAUUUUCAUUAUUCCACUUUGUUUUUCUCUGAUUGUUUCCUUUAUUUCUCAGUUUGUUUGCGUUCAUUGUUUACUUCUUUCUCUUUUUCGUUCUGUUGUUUUAUCCAGCCAUUUUCAUUCUCUAUUCUUCUUGCUAGCUUAUUUAUUUCUCUUAUUUAUCGCUUCUUUCUCUUUUUCUUUUUCUUUACUUGCUUGCUUCUUUCAUAGCUUCUUUGCUGCUUUUCUUUCGUCGUUUGCUUGUUGGGUUGUUUGCCUUUCUUUUGUCGCUUGUUUGCCUUUCUAUUCGUCGCUUCCUUGGUUUCUAUUCGUCGCCUUCGCUCGCUUGGUUGUUUGCUUGCUUUUCUUUCGUUGCUCGCUUGCUUGCCUUUUUUUCAUUACUUGCUUCCUCGAUGUUCUUUCGUUGCUCGCUUCCUUGCCUUUCUUUCGUCACUGGCUUGAUUGUUUGAUUGCUUUACUUUCGUCAAUCGCUUUCUGGCUUUCCUUUCGUCGCUCGAUUGCUUUCAUUUCUUUUGUCGAUUGCUUGUUUGUCUUUCUUUCGUCACUUGCGUGCUUGCUUUUCUUUCGUCGCUCGCUUCCUUGCUUCUUUGCUUUUCUUUCGUCGCUUGCUUUCUUGUUUACUUUCUUUUCUUUAGUCGCCCGCGUACUUUCUUUUCUUUUGUUGCUUGCUUGCUCCUUUACUUGCUUUUCUUUCGUCGCUCGAUGGCUUGCUUUUCUUUCGUCCCCCGUUUUUUCCGUCAUUGCUUUUCUUUCGUCAUUUGCCUGCUUUUCUUUAGUCGCUUCCUUGUUUUGCCUGCUUGAUUGCUUGCUUUUCUUUUAUAUAAUAAAAAAAGAAAAUAAACGCAUCUAUCUAUCUAUCUAUCUAUCUAUCUAUCUAUCUAUCUAUCUAUCUAUCUAUCUAUGUCGUAGUCUGUGGCUAUCUGUUUUCCGAAGUGUGCUACUAGCUAGCUAG